AUGUUUAGGCCCAAAAGUGUGCCCUCGUCGCCGAUGGUGAAAAGAGCGUUCUCGAGACUCGGAACCAUCACCGUUGAGUGGGGGAGGAGUAUAAGGAAACACGGGAGCAAUACUCUGCAGGUUGAAGACAGAAAACGGUGGACUUCUUCCCAAGACUGCAGCAAUAAAGAAGCAAAAGAGAAAGAAAAAGCAGCCCAGUCUCUCGCAGUACCAAGACUGAGUGUUUGUGCUGACGCCCAGAAAGUCGAUCGUGCGAAAUUGGCACAAACUGAAUUCGACAUAAUCGAAUUCGACCCCGAAACAUUCGGAAUACUAUUGGACUACUUGCAUACCGGGUCAUGUCCGCUGACUUGCAGCAACAUCCCGGGCUUGAUAUGCGCGGCGGAACAUUACGACCUUCCGGAUUUGCUGCAAGCUUGUUUCCACCAUGCCAAGCAAUUCCUGAGGAUCGAAAUAGUCUAACAAUUAAAAAAAAAAUAAAUGAAUAAAAAAUGAAUUGUAAUUUAUUUAUUUCCCAUAAAAGUAAAAAUAUAAAACUGAUGAGUGUCUUAUUGUUCUAAAUAUUAAAAUAAAUAAACGACUGGACGAAAGUAAAUUUUCCAUUGCAACUUUUCUGCUAUUUAAUCAUAACAACAAUAAUUAUAUAUCCAACAAAUAAUAGUAAUUGUAAUUAAAACCAUGAUAAGAUCGUUGCGAUCUCGAGUCGAAUGUUCGUUGAAAAUAUAUUAAUGAAUCAGUACAUUUAUCAUUAGCCAUCGAUUUAUUAAUAAAUGAAUAAUAAAUACUAAUAUAAUAAUAA